AUGGCCAAACUUUUGAGUGUUGUAAUCGUAUGGUUGGUAGGAAGCACUGUCUAUGGGGAAAAGCCAAGACUUGACUGUCAUCCAGAUCCAAGUGCUUCAGAAGAAAAGUGCUCUGCAAGGGGAUGUAUAUGGGACAAUUCUUCUGAGGUCAUUGGCGCUCCCUUCUGCCUUCUUCCACCAAAUACUGGCUAUAAUUACAGUAACUUUGCGGAUGGAGUUUAUGUGAUAUCAAAUUCAGGAGGUGCUCUAAAUUGGAGUAGGCUUGGAAACCCAAUUGAAUCACUGAAAGUAGGAAAUAAAACAAAUAAAUCGGCGCUGAAUAUCAGAAUUGAAGGCGACAAAAGUCGGUACGAGCCACCAGUGAAUUUGCCAAAGGAAGAAGUAGAUUCUAAAGAUCAUCUCAAUUUUGAGGUGACUAGCGAACUGCAUUCGUUGUUUACUUUCAAAAUUAGCAGAAACAGCACAGGAACAGUCAUUUGGGACACCAGUAUCGGUGGUCUGCUGUAUUACGACCAAUACAUUCAGAUUGCCACCCUGCUGCCAUCAGAAAAUGUUUUUGGUUUUGGUGAACAUCUCCGAUUAAACUUAAGGCACAAUCUUAGUCGGUAUACAACCUGGCCGAUGUUUGCUCGAGACGAUGGACCAUUUUUUGGAGAAUCUGAUUUUGUUACAAAAAACUUUUAUGGUGUUCAUCCGUUUUAUUUGUGUAUUGAAAAAGACGGAAAUGCGCAUGGUGUAUUAUUUCUGAAUAGUAACGCCCAGGAAGUAACACUUGGGCCUGAACCAUCGCUUGUUUAUCGUACUAUUGGAGGAAUACUAGACAUAACUUUCUUUCCUGGGCCAACACCUGAUCAAGUUAUUCAACAGUAUUUGACCUACAUUGGCAAGCCAGUAAUGCCAGCCUACUGGGGUUUAGGUUUCCAGUUGAGCCGUUGGGGUUAUGAAACGUUAGAUGACAUGAAGGAGGCGAUAGAAAGAACCCAGAACGCAAGUAUUCCGUUGGAUGUAAUGUAUUCAGACAUUGAUUAUAUGGAUCGUUACAAAGAUUUUACCGAAAAAGUGAGUUUUAUAAAAUGGCCGUCGUCUGAAGUUUCCCAGACUGAACUAGCCAACAACUACUCAAUGCUUAGCGAUAAAACGGUGAUGCUAGGCAACGUUUGGCCAGAUUGGAAUACAGUAAUGCCAGACUUCCUAGACGUAACAAACAACACUGUGAACUGGUGGAUAAAUGAGUUUGUCACUUUUCACAACCAUGUAAGUAAUAGUUUACGAGAAACGUUACCAAACAAAACUAGCGAGGAAUUCGCCAAACUACACUGUCCUGUCGGUGGGAAAUAUAAUUUAGACGAUCCUCCGUAUCGAACUCAAGCUGCGUAUCUUCGAGGAUCUGAAUACUUAUCAGCAAAGACGUUGUGUAUGAUUGGUGUUACUGGAUCUUCAAAUUUUUACAACACUAAAAGUUUGUACGGUUGGGCUCAAAUGAAGGCUACUGCUGAGGCACUUAAAGUAAUAAAUAAUGGCAAGCGCGGAAUUCUUGUAUCAAGGUCAACAUUUGUUUCUGCUGGGCGGUACGGAACACAUUGGUUGGGCGAUAACUUCUCAACAUGGAAAGAUAUUAGGGCUUCUAUAAUUGGAAUUAUUGAAUUUAACAUGUUUGGUAUGCCAUUUGUGGGGGCCGAUAUUUGCGGCUUUAACUGGAAUACCACCCAAGAACUUUGUCACCGUUGGCACCAGCUUGGAGCUUUUUAUCCAUUUUGCAGAAAUCAUGCAAGCCGGGAAGGGGUACCACAAGAUCCAGGUUUGUGGCCUGAUGUGGCAACGGCUGCGCGAGAAGCUCUUAUGCUGCGGUAUAAAUUACUUCCCUAUCUUUACAGCUUGUUAUACAACGCACAUCUUUACGGUGGUAUGGUUGCUCGACCUUUGUACUUCUCACAUCCAAAAGACGAAACAGCAAUGAAGACAGAUGAUCAGUUUAUGUGGGGUGACUCUAUUAUGUUUACGCCGGUUCUUUAUGAGAAUACAACAGACCGAGAAGCAUAUUUUCCGCCAGGUUACUGGUACAGCAUUCGUUCAAAUGAUUACGGGAAAAUAGCGAGCGAUUCAGAGAGCGGACAAAAGAAAAGUGUUCACGCACCAUUGGACUGGAACACACCAGCAUUCUUAUUAGGAGGUAAAAUUGUUCCAACUCAAGUUCCAGCAACAACAACGAAAAAAAGCAGAAAAAAUCCAUUUGGAUUGAUCAUUGCUCUCAAACCUUCGGAUACUGCGACUGGUGAACUAUAUUGGGAUGACGGAGAAAGUAACGAUGGUUUCUAUUAUCAUUUUGACUUCAAGUUCCAGAUCACACCGACAAACGCAACUUUAACAAUAUUACAGAAGAAAGUUGGAAAUGGUAAUCUAUCGAUGCCAGCUUUGGAUUUCAUCGAUAUUAUGGGAUACGAUUACAUUAUUAACCAGUCAUCACUUACUUUGGGCAGUGGAGAACACAUUGAAGCAAACGUCACUUCAGACAGGGAGAAAAACUUGCUUUUGAUAAGCAGAAGUGGUUUUUUGUCAAUGCAGUUGGAAUCUUCUUCACUGACGUGGCAGCAUCAAAUUUCUCCUUCAACAAUGCCAUCAACUAUAACGACAGCGUCACCAACUAUAACGACAGCGUCACCAACUAUAACGACAGCGCCACCAACUAUAACGACAGCGCCAACCAAGGGUGUUUUGGAAAUAAGAGUUUCAUGUCUCUCUGUUCUGUUGACUUUACUUGGUUUGGUUUUGAAUAAUUAUUAG